AUGUCUGGAGUUACGGAAAAAGCCCGCAUUGCGUCCUUCGGCGGCAAGCUGCUCAAGCUGAGCCACAAUGCCACCACCACCCGGUGCGAGAUGUCCUUCAAUCUCUACCUGCCCCCGGGCGGCGUCGAGGAGACGAAGAAGGGCACGAUCCCAGUGCUGAUUUACCUGUCGGGCUUGACCUGCACGGCUGAGAACUGCUCCGAGAAGGGCUUCUUCCAGCACGGCGCCAGCAAAAAGGGCAUUGCCGUUCUCUACCCCGAUACCAGCCCUCGCGGCCUCAACAUCGAGGGUGAGAACGAUGCUUAUGAUUUCGGAAGCGGCGCGGGCUUCUAUGUCGAUGCAACCAAGGCCCCCUACAACGCCGGCUACAACAUGUACAGCUACAUUACUGAGGAGCUCCCACAAGUUGUCUUCAGUGCAUUCCCUCAGUUGAAUGCCAGCAACGUCAGCAUCACUGGUCACAGCAUGGGUGGCCACGGCGCUCUCACUCUGUUCCUUCGCAAUCCCGGCAAGUACAAGUCUGUCUCCGCCUUCGCGCCUAUCACCAACCCGAUCAACUGCCCCUGGGGCCAGAAGGCGUUCAAAGGCUACUUCGGCGACGACCAACAGGAGAAGUGGAAGGAGCACGAUGCUACGGAGUUGAUCAAGAAGUGGGGUGGUGAACCCCUCGAUAUUCUCAUUGACGUGGGUACCGGAGACAACUUCUACAAACAGGGCCAGCUUCUCCCCGAGAACUUCCAGGCUGCUGCCACUGCAGGCGGGCACUCCGGUGUCAAGAUCCGCUACCAGCCCGACUAUGACCACUCGUAUUACACCAUGGCCUCUUUCGCCGACGACCACAUCGAGCACGCAGCCAAGGCCCUGUUCAAGAACUAG